AUGUCGACAAAAGCGAGUAUGAAUGAAACACCGUUGGGGCAGAUUGAAACUAUUUUGAAAGAUCUUCGUACUUCGUUCAAAUCCGGUAAAACCAAACCGUUAUCAUGGCGUAAGAAGCAAAUCGAACAAUUAUACAAAAUGUGUGAUGAACAAAGAGAACUUUUUGCUUCGGCAGCAAACACAGACUUUGCUCGGCCAAUUACAGAAACAUAUCUGUACGAUUGUGGUGUCAUCCGUAAUGAAUGUAUUCAUGCUCUUAAUCAUCUCGACGAGUGGGCAAAAGAUGAAUAUCGUUCAGACUCAUUAGCAUAUGCAACGAUGAGUAAAUACGUUCAUCCUGAACCGUACGGUACUUGUUUGAUCAUCGGUGCAUGGAAUUAUCCAUUCAAUUUAACAUUAUUACCGUUACUCGGUGCUAUCGCUGCGGGAAAUUGUGCCAUUGUGAAACCGUCGGAAUUAGCACCACAUUCUGCAUCUGUCUUAACAACGAUGAUUGGCCGAUAUCUUGACUCAUCUUGUAUUCGUGUUGUUCUCGGUGCUAUCGACCAAACCCAUGCAUUGCUAAAAGGAGAUAUUGAUCAUGUGUUUUAUACGGGUUCGACAGCGGUCGGCAAGAUUGUUGCGAAAACAGUGGCUGAGAAAAUGAUUCCUGUCGUAUUAGAAUGUGGUGGUAAAAGUCCAGUUUAUGUUGCUGAUGAUGCAAAUAUAGCAGUGACAGCGAAACGUCUUGCAUGGGGAAAAACCGUCAAUUGUGGUCAAACUUGUUUGGCACCAGAUUAUCUUCUGUGUUCUAAAGCCACCGAGAGUCGUCUAAUACCAGAAAUUAUCCGUGCAUGGCGAACAUUCUAUACUGAUAAUCCAGUCAAUUCAGAUUCUUACUGUCAUAUUGUUAACGGACGGCAUUUCGAACGCUUGAAGAAACUUAUCGACACAAGCAAAGUUAUCUACGGUGGAGAAGCAGAUGCCAAUCGAAACUAUAUCUCACCGACCAUCAUGACCAAUGUCGAUGAAAACGAUAAAGUAAUGCAAGAGGAAAUCUUUGGGCCUCUUCUUCCGAUUGUUACGGUGCAAAAUGAACAUGAAGCAAUUGAAUUUAUCAAUGCUCGUUCUAAACCAUUAGCACUAUAUAUAUUUACAUCGAACAACAACUUAGCUAAAACGAUUAUCAAUUCAACCAGUUCAGGUUCCACUUGUGUUAACGAUGUCAUCUUUCAAAUUGCACCACCAUCACUACCAUUUGGUGGCGUAGGUGACAGUGGCUUGGGAAGUUAUCAUGGUAAAUAUUCAUUUGACACAUUUAGUCACCAUCGCUCGGUGGUGUAUUCAGCAACAUGGUCAGAACCUAUUCUUUCCAAACGAAAUCCACCGUACACAAAGCAAAAGACAGCUUUUAUGGAAUCAUUGGUUAAAGCUCGUCGAAAUUGGGUUCCAUUACCGCGAAUUGGUGGAUUUUGGUUUUGGGCAUUUGCUGCUCUAGCUACCGCUGUGAUUACUCGCGUUCUCGUUCGUGGCUUUCGAGAUGACAAAUGGGAAUUUUGA